AUGGCCACUGUGCAUGUCGGAUGUCUGCUAUACGACUACCAAGCAAUUGAUGUGGUUGGCCCUUGUGAUCUGCUUAAUUCCUGCGGCAAGCAUAUCGCGAAUGCUCUGACCUUCUUUGGCCCCGCGCUCCAGAAAGCGCCCGACUCUGUCUUCCAUCACAUUGGACCAACGCUGGAGCCGGUUUCUUUACUCACCAGUGGAUUGAAGAUCCAGCCUACCACCACUGUGGAUGACUGCCCCGAGCUGGACUGCCUGUUGAUCGGAGGGCCUGCCCCAGUCGGGUUCGAAAUGCCACCGAAAUAUCCGGAGUUUAUCCAGCGACACGUUGCUGCUGGAAAGCUGGUCUUCACCUCCUGCACCGGGGCAGCAGUCGCUGCAGCCGCUGGGGUCCUGGACGGUAAGCACGCGACCAUCAACAACGUCGAAUACGAAUGGGCGGCCAAGCAAUUCCCCAAGGUCAAAUGGACUAGGGAGAAAAAGUGGAUUGUGGAUGGCAACAUUUGGACCGGCAGUGGCGCGGUUGCUGCGAUGGAUAUGGUUGCUCACUGGGUGAAGGAGAAUUUCGGCAUGGCGGUGCUCGUGCAGGGCUGUUUGGGACUGGACUAUGAGCCUCGUGACAGCGACGGGCUCUUCACUGUUCUCCCACCACGAUAUGAUGAAUCUGGAAACAGGAUCGCGACGCAUGUAUUCCGAUACCACAGUUGA